AUGGACACGUCUCUCCCUCCGAACGACGGCGAAGGGGCUGCGCCCCAGCCAGGAGCAUCGUCGCAGGCCCCGGCGACUAUGCCUGCUAUUGUGGAAGCCACCAUCGCUGCAGUUGAGCAGAUUACUUCCAGCGAUGACGAGGUCGUGUUGAAAGGCAAAUCUGCGAUCCCUGGCAAACCCGGCCGCCCCUCCCGUCCGGUCCGUGGCCGACCACUGACAGAGAGAGAAGCCUACUUUGCUACGCCCGGGCCCAGUCGCCCCAUGAAGCACCCUGCGGAAUCCGAGGAGCCCCAAGAGGGUACACAGCGUGGUACGAAGCGCAAUAACCGUAACAUUCCCAGAGCUGCCCCUAAAUUCACCGCUGACACAGGAGCCACUCCAGCUGCUGGGCCUGCCGUGCCACCGUUUGCACAGCAGGGACAGGGAAUGGCUAUGCCUCCCCCCGGCCCAGGCCCAUUCCCCGGUCCAUUCCCGGGUCCAUUCCCGGGUCCAGCUGUCUACCAGUAUCCCCUGGCCUACCAGUAUCCCCUAGCCUACCAGUAUCCCCUGGCCUACCAGUAUCCCCUGGCCUACCAGCAACCACCCUACUCGAUCGACUACUCGGUGAACGUCAUCGACCACCAAACCGCUCUCAUGGUCCAGGGCGCAGUUGAGGGCACACUGAUGCAUCUGGCUGGGCACCGCGACUUCCAGAUUGGUCAUCUCCAGGCGGCCCGCGACGCCGACGCCUCUGCUGAGUCGGCUGCCAUGCUCCUCAAGCUGAAGAGCCAGGUCGACAAACUGGCCAAGGACAUCAAGAAGCUUGGCGAGGGUUGCGAGGAUCUCAAGCUGGGGAUCCACGAUGAGGAACUCGACGCGGAGGAAGGAGUUGGCGAACUGAAGAAUCGCAUCGACAAGCUCGAGGAGCAGGCUGUCGCCAUCAAGGAUGCCUUCAAACCACUCGACUUGAAGGAUACCGCCUAA